GGGAUUGUUCCAACUUCAUUCAAAUUUCAACCCCUCCUCUAUUUUACAUAUUACUCGGCCAGGAGUGGGCCCACACACAUCCCAAUCCACGAUCAUCAAAGUACAGUCGGUGCCUCUUCAAACACAAAUCAACUACAGCUCUCCCUUCUCUUUUUCUCUCAGGACUUUCCACAAACACCUUGCACCCUAUAAACCCCCAGCUCGAAUCACACAGCACAAGCACUUGUAACACAAACCCAUGUCAAACAACGAGUAAAAGACAAGAAUAAUUGAUUUUUACGACAUGGGUCUUGAAUUUUUUACUGCCCAGAAGAGAGGCUCAGCUCAGCUCCCCAGCUCAACCACUCCCAAGACGGCCGCCAGAUCCGCGGCUGCCGGCCGGACACGCAGCCGGAGUGUUCUCAAGACGUUCAACAACAUUAAAAUCACUAUUCUUUGUGGGUUUGUCACGAUUCUUGUACUACGUGGUACUAUUGGUCUAGGCAAUUACUCGACUGAUGCUGAAGAUCAAACCCUAGCUGAAGAAACGAAUCGGAUCCUUGCUGAGAUCCGAUCCGGUUAUGACCCGACAGAUCCGAAUGACCCGAUUGAGCAGCAACGUGAUCUUUUUCUUAAUGAGACGUAUACACUUGGUCCAAAGAUUGAGUCUUGGGAUGAAGAUAGGAAAAUUUGGUUGAGUCGAAACCCGGAUUUUCCGAAUUAUGUUAAUGGGAAGCCUAGAGUGUUGCUUGUUACUGGUUCACCUCCGAACCCUUGCGAUAACCCGAUUGGGGAUCAUUAUUUGUUGAAAGCUAUUAAGAAUAAGAUUGAUUAUUGCAGGUUACAUGGUAUCGAGAUUGUGUAUAAUAUGGCACAUUUGGAUAUGGAGUUGGCUGGGUAUUGGGCGAAGCUUCCGUUGAUUAGGAAGUUGAUGUUGUCUCAUCCGGAAGUUGAGUGGAUUUGGUGGAUGGAUAGUGAUGCUUUGUUUACUGAUAUGGUGUUUGAGAUUCCGUAUGGCAAGUAUGAUGAGUAUAAUAUGGUGAUUCAUGGUUACCCUGAUUUGUUGUAUAAUCAGAAGUCGUGGAUUGCGUUGAAUACUGGGAGUUUUUUGUUUAGAAAUUGUCAAUGGUCUUUGGAUUUGUUGGAUGUUUGGGCGCCAAUGGGACCUAAGGGUCCGAUUCGUGAUGAGGCGGGGAAGAUCUUGACUGCGAAUUUGAAGGGAAGGCCGGCGUUUGAGGCAGAUGACCAGUCUGCAUUGAUAUACUUGUUGAUAUCUCAAAAGGAUACUUGGAUGAAUAAAGUGUUUGUUGAGAAUUCUUAUUAUCUUCAUGGCUAUUGGGCAGGGUUAGUGGAUCAGUAUGAAGAGAUGAAUGAGAAGUAUCAUCCAGGAUUGGGAGAUGAACGGUGGCCAUUUGUAACACAUUUUGUGGGGUGCAAGCCUUGUGGUAGCUAUGGUGAUUAUCCUGUUGAGAGGUGCUUGAAAAGUAUGGAGAGGGCUUUUAAUUUUGCCGACAAUCAGGUGAUUAAGCUUUAUGGGUUUAGGCAUAAGGGCUUGUUGAGCCCUAAGAUAAAGAGGAUCAGAAAUGAGACAGUUACUCCUUUGGAGUCUGUAGAUCAAUAUGAUUUUCGACAUGCAGUGCAUGGAGAAGUUGGAUCAAACAGCUAGCAUGUAACAAUACUCAACACGAAGUUUUUUCUUAGAUGAUAGAUUGCCUAGUUCGCAAAGGGCUUACGGAUUUGAUGCUUUUGCCAGUUGCUAUGGGGAGCUCUGUGUGGGACCUUGUUUCGUAAAGCUACAGCACAGAAGAACCUGAAGCUGUUUUUGUUUAUUCAGGAAUGUGUAAAAUGAAAGGAAUUUUAGAUUUUACAGUAAAUUUAUUUACAGCAGUGUUUGCAUUUGCACCUCCGAAUGGAGACGACAGGAUAUCUUUGGCCAGUACACUUGUAUCAUUACCAUAAAAUGAGAAAUUUCUUAUAUUUCGAUUUCA